GUCGCUGGUAUCGAGACUUCCGCCAUGAAGUCUUAUGCGCAUGUCACACCGUCCGGAAGAUCUCUUUCUGUCGUGGCAUCUGGAGUAUUUUUUUUGACCAGACUAUAACUAAACUCUAACCAUGGGAAAAGAAAAGAUUCAUAUUAACAUUGUCGUCAUUGGACACGUCGACUCUGGCAAGUCCACGACGACUGGACAUUUGAUCUACAAAUGCGGUGGUAUCGACAAACGUACCAUUGAGAAAUUCGAGAAGGAAGCCCAGGAGAUGGGAAAAGGUUCCUUCAAGUACGCAUGGGUUUUGGAUAAAUUGAAAGCAGAGCGUGAACGUGGUAUCACCAUUGACAUUGCUUUGUGGAAAUUUGAGACAACCAAAUAUUAUGUGACCAUUAUUGAUGCUCCUGGACAUAGAGAUUUCAUUAAAAACAUGAUUACGGGAACAUCGCAAGCUGACUGCGCGGUAUUAAUUGUCGCUGCUGGUACUGGUGAAUUCGAAGCUGGUAUUUCGAAGAAUGGACAAACACGAGAGCAUGCAUUACUUGCAUUUACUCUUGGUGUGAAACAAUUAAUUGUCGGUGUUAAUAAAAUGGAUUCGACUGAGCCGCCAUACUCGGAAAAUCGUUUUGAGGAAAUCAAGAAGGAAGUUUCAUCUUAUAUUAAGAAAAUUGGUUAUAAUCCAGCCGCCGUUGCCUUUGUUCCAAUUUCGGGAUGGCAUGGUGACAAUAUGUUGGAACCAUCAACAAAAAUGCCAUGGUUCAAGGGAUGGAAUGUUGAACGUAAAGAAGGAAAGAAUGAAGGUACAUGCUUGAUUGAAGCGCUUGAUGCUAUUUUACCACCUAGCAGACCUACCGACAAGGCUCUUCGUCUUCCCCUCCAGGACGUCUACAAGAUUGGUGGUAUUGGAACAGUACCAGUUGGUCGAGUGGAGACUGGUAUCUUAAAACCCGGUAUGGUUGUUACCUUUGCACCAGCUGGUUUGACCACUGAAGUUAAAUCCGUUGAAAUGCAUCACGAAGCACUCGUCGAGGCUGUUCCCGGUGACAAUGUUGGUUUCAACGUAAAGAACGUUUCCGUCAAGGAACUCCGUCGAGGUUACGUUGCCGGUGACUCCAAGAACAAUCCACCCAAGGGCGCUGCUGAUUUCACUGCACAAGUUAUUGUAUUGAAUCAUCCUGGACAAAUUAGCAAUGGAUAUACGCCAGUAUUGGAUUGUCAUACAGCUCACAUUGCUUGCAAAUUCUUUGAAAUUAAAGAGAAAUGCGACAGACGUACCGGCAAAACAACUGAGGAAAAUCCAAAGGCAAUUAAAUCGGGAGAUGCAGCUAUUGUUACACUUGUACCAAGUAAACCAAUGUGCGUUGAGGCCUUCCAAGAAUUCCCGCCAUUGGGACGUUUCGCUGUCCGUGACAUGCGUCAAACAGUUGCUGUUGGUGUCAUUAAAUCGGUGAAUUUCAAAGAUGCAUCUGGCAAAGUAACAAAGGCUGCCGAAAAAGCCCAAAAGAAAAAAUAACUACUUAUCGCGCCAAGGACAUGCUCAUAAUAGUCAAUGUAGUUUGUCUUCCAAGUUCAUUGAUAAUUGAUAAAAAAUCAAUGGACAUUAUCACAAUUAAAAAGAUCAUUAAACAAGAAAAUGAAGAAGAAAAGAAAAAGAUUGUUUUACGCAAUUGUGUAAGUAAACUUUUUAAUUUCUUCAUCAUUAAUCGAGAAUUCCGUCUUUCUAAAAGAUUAUUAAGACAUUAUUUCCAUCGUAAAGAAUUUCGUAGGAAAGACGAAUGAAAAUAUCAGUACGCUGGGAAGGCAGACUAUUAGACUAUUCAAUUUUUUUUUUCCAUCUUGUCUCGCUAAAAAAAAAAAAACAAAGUUAACAUCAGCGAAUAUAAAAAUUAGCGCGAUUUUAAUUAUAUUUUCUAAUAAUUAUUAUAUGAAAAUAAAAAUCUUAUAUCUGCGAUA